GUGUCAGCCAAUCGGCGGCGAGGAGGGCGGGACUUCCUGCGCGGGAGCCAGAGCGGCCGGCCGCCCGGCUCUCCGUGGUUUCCAGCUCGCGUGGUGGCGGCGGCGGCGGAGCGUCUCCGUGAGGAGGUGCGCGGGGCCAUGACGUCAGCGUCCACCAAGGUUGGGGAGAUCUUCUCCGCGGCCGGCGCCGCCUUCACGAAGCUCGGGGAGCUGACGAUGCAGCUGCAUCCAGUGUCGGACUCUUCCCCUGCCGGUGCCAAGUGGACGGAGACGGAGAUAGAGAUGCUGAGGGCUGCUGUGAAGCGAUUUGGGGACGAUCUUAAUCACAUCAGCUGUGUCAUCAAGGAACGGACAGUGGCUCAGAUAAAGACCACUGUAAAGCGAAAAGUAUAUGAAGACUCUGGCAUCCCUCUUCCAACUGAGUCACCGAAGAAAGGGCCCAAGAAGAUGACAUCUGGGGUCCUCUCACCUCCAACCGCCCCUCCCCCCAGCAGCUCCAGUGUCCCCGAAGCUGGGGGUCCUCCCCUAAAGAAACAAAAGGCUGAUGUGACACUCAGUGCUCUGAACGACUCGGACGCCAACAGUGACCUGGUGGAUGUAGAAGGGCUGGGAGAAACUCCUCCAGCCAAGAGACUCAACUUUGACCAGGACAGCCUGACCCUGGACUCUGGCCUUCUCUCGACCGCUGCUGAUGCUCCUCUCCUCUCCUGCUGAGCCCGCCACCUCUGACCCUGGCUGUCCACCGUGGACCUGUGGCUCACCUGGGACUCUAAGCAAGGACUGCGUGAGAGAGGGUCAGGAAGCCACCGGAGCUGUCCGCCUUGCUCCUGACAAACCUGUGCCCUCAUCCUCUGACCUCCGUCUGAUGGACAUUUUUAUACAGAAAGUUAUAAUAAAAACUUCUCUCAGCA